AUGGCUAGAAAAAGAAGAAAUAAACAUUCCAAAUAUACAAACGAAAAACACCUUGAAUUAAUUGGAAUAACCGCUGAAAUAUUAUUAGUAAUUUCAUGCACAAUUUCCAUUUAUAAAAAGUCAGAUGUAAUAGUUACAACUAUCUUAACUACAAUUGCAAUUCUGUUAUUUUUCGCAUUAUUAAUUUAUUUUGUCAAUAAAAUAAAAAGACUUGAAAAAGAUCUACAAAAAGAAAAAAAUGAAAUCAGAAAAUUAAGAAAAAAGACAUGUAAAAUUUGUAAAAUUGUUUACGCAAGUAUGGUGGACCAAUCAAUUAGUUUUGAUGAAAACUUUGACAAAUACGCACUUCCAUUUCCGUAUUAUGAAGGAGAUGAUGAUAGUUACAUGUUAGAAAAGCAGUUGGCUAAUCUUCAACUGCAAGAAGAGAAAAAACAAGAGCAGCAAGCUCUUCAAAUUCAGCAAAGUUUUGGUUAUGCCGAAGCUGAGAAGUGGAUCGAAUUAGGACUAGAACCGGAAGAUGUAUAUUUCGCUGACUGGUUAGUAGAAGAAAAAGGUUGCACUCCUGAACGUUCAACUAAAGAAUACAUUAAAAAAUUAAAUAUAAGUGAUAAUGACUUUUCUGCCCAAGACUUAUCGGUUUUUAGAAAAACACAGGAUAGUUGUUGGUCGCUUAAAAAGUUAAUAAUAGGAAAUAAUCGUUUUUAUGGAAAUUUGGAACCUUUAGAAAAACUAGUCGAUUUGGAAUUAUUAGACAUUAAGCACACGGAUAUUGAAGGAGGAAUUGAAUAUUUGCCAGAAAGCAUUAAGUUUUUAUUUUGUGAUUUCAAAAAAAGUGAAGAAAAUGAAUUAAGUAAAAUCUAUCAAGAGUUAGAGCUUUUUCAAAAUAAAGCAUUACAAGAAGAAAACAAACAGUUGCAAGAACAAAAAACUGACCUUAAAAAGCAAAUUCAAGUCAAGAAUGAAGAACUGGUUAUAGAAAGAGAAACCAACCGAGAAAGUGCUGAAUUAAUGGAUAAUUUUUAUCGGAAAAAUCCACCUCGGGAAGAUUUAGUCUUGAAGAAUAUUCUUUGUGGAAUUAGUAACGAUUAUUUAGAAACUAAUCGGGAAAAUAAGCAAUUAAGGAAAGAGAUUCAAGAAUUAGAAAAAAAUUUAGAAACAGUUGAAAAAUUACUUGAGCUCCACGAUCAAGAACAGCAAACUGCUCAGAUUCUUCAACCAACUAACCAACCUUACGGCACUCCUGGAUCUAAUAAAAAAUAA